UCAUCACUGUGAGGUCUUAAUCGAUAGGUUGUAGUGACAGAGCUUGUGAUAGGCACAAGACUUUUGUUAACCUUUGGUUUGGUAAAAGACUCAUUGCUGGUUAAUUAUUUUCUGGGAAAAUUCCAGCUUUGAACAUUCCCCACGCGUUACUUUAAAAAUGAAUUAUUUCCUUUGUCACUAUUUAUUCCAAGAUUAUUAUUAAUAACUACUGAAACGGUAAAAACAUUUGAAAAAAUAAGAAUUCUCCUAAGGCAGAAGAGAUCUAACAUGAUCUGGAUUAAGCAUACCCAUUUCCAGUGGAGAACUUUUAAAAAAUAGUUUCAAAUUGGAAUAUUAAACCGUGAUUAACACUAAAUGAAAUCUUGCUUCAUGACCGAUGCGGUCUCAUGUUCUGUGUUAUCCAAGUAGCCUUAGCUUUUAAGGAACUGCUUGUGCGUAACAAUAUAUUCCUCUGCCUCAGUCCGUUACAGAAGGGUGAAUGGGACUGUGAUCUGUUACAAGUUUCUUACGUUCCAUGUACUAAAAAGGACGCUUUGGAGGGCGAAUGAAGACAUUGCUGAGGUUUGAGUGAACGCACAUGAUCUUCAUCCCGUGACCCCAGAAGCCCAGCGUUUUAAGAUCCCUCUUGUCUCCAAGCGCCUGCCUGGUACUACUCUUCAGCUAUGGCUUCACCUCGCUUGGAAACCUUUUGUUGCCCCACAAGGGAUGCGGCUACGGAUUUUGUGCUGGGCUUUCAGCCCGUCUUCUUUAACGCCAUCUGCGUUGCUAGCGCCAGUUUCAGCCUGAUUGGAACCCUCGCCCAGGUCUUACCAAAACGGAGACUUGGCUAUCGCAGGUUCAGUCAGUAUCCGCUUCAGAAACCUUCCGCCUCGUCUAGAAUCCUGCUGAUCAUCAGUAUCUGUGACAUUCUAGGCUGUAUAGGAAUAAUAACGAGGGCAUCAGUGUGGCUUGGCUUUCCAGAUUUAGGGAGAAGAAUCUCACUUAAUGGAACUGAAAUAUGGCCGAAAGCUUUCUGUGUCAGCACUGCUGUUUGGAUUCAACUGUUCUAUAGUGCCACCUUCUGGUGGCUGUUCUACUAUGCUGUGGAUGCUUAUCUUGUUGUGAAGCGGUCUUCUGGGUUCAGUAUUCUAGUGUUGUACCACAUGCUGACCUGGGGUUUAGCUAUCCUGCUAUUGGUUGAAGGUGUAGCCAUGCUCUAUUAUCCAUCCAUUUCCAGCUGUGAGAAUGGACUGGAACAUGCAAUCCCUCACUACAUCACGACCUACAUACCUCUGUUGCUCGUUCUGCUUGUAAAUCCCAUCCUGUUUGGGAAAGCUGCGUCUGCAGUUGCCUCACUCUUGAAGGGAAGGCAAGGUAUAUAUACAGAAAAUGAAAGGCGUUUGGGGACUCAGAUUAAAUUAAGAUUUUUCAAGAUUCUGCUUGUAUUUAUUAUUUGGCAAGUGGGGAGCUUUCCUUCGUGGUCCGAUUUGUCCUUUGUAAAUGGUGGAUGGAUAUUUAAGAUUCAAGUGGAGCAGUUCUCACAGCAAGAUUCCUACCUUUUGACUCCAAGUAUCCUGAAUCCAAUGCAAGGCUUUCUCAGCACGUUGGCAUUUUAUGGCUGGACUGGAUGGGACUUUGAUUUCAGGUUUCAAAAGAACGAGAUUCAGUGGGAAUUACCAACGGCCUCUGCUUCAGCUGAGAAUGAGUAUGAAAACCCUGUGGCAGCGUCGCUGAAUUACCACGAUUACCUACAAGAAUGUGAAAAGAUGAUGACUGAAAAUAGUCACGACAGUAAUGAUGAGCUUUGUGCCCUCUCUGAAGGUUCUGCGACCAGUACAUUUGAAAUGAACAUGCCAAGUGAACUACAUGACGUCAGAGGCAAUGAUGCCGAUGGUGACUCAUUGGAAAAUACUGAAAGGGCAUAAUGUUGGUGAGAUGAGUCAACUCUAUACAAGCCUUUAAAAUCAUACUGCACAAAACUGCUUUAUUGAAAGCAUUUGGGGCUAAGCGAAAUUCUAUUUCUUACCAUUCAUAACCAGUUCCAAUCUGUUCAAAAUGAUCAUAUUGAACAUAAUUAAGUAGUUGGAAGAUGUAAAUGAAAACAAAUCACAGUAGCCCUGAGUUGGCUUUAGGCAGCACAUGGUCACUUUAUGCCCAGAGACACAUGACCAAAAGUAACAAAGAAUUUCACUCAGUACAGGAAUUACAUUCCAUACCUUCUUAAAAAAAAAUUCUAAAAUUAAAAUUUUAAGCUCCUAAAUCAAGUAAUUUCCUUAUUUAUUUAUUUGCAAUGAAGAACAUCAGCUAAGAUUAUAGAAUACAGAGGACAUAUUUUAGAAAACAAUGUAUUUUUGUGGUCUGAUGCCACAAUGGAGAAACUUGAGGUUAUUUGUGACAGAGUAUUUGGUUUCCAUGUAUAAUCUCUUCGGAAAGUAAUUCCAAAGUAACAAUCCUUUGAGCAAUUUAUAUAUUGCCAACCAAUUGUUUGUGUUUAUGGAUAUCAUCUGAACACAGAUAAGUCAUUUAGAAGUACUGGUUAAAAUUUCAAAUGCAAUCUCAUUGAGAGAUGGUCCAAUAUCCUGCUUGUUUGAUCAAGGAGGUUUUCUUGAUAUUGUUUGAAGGUGAAACUAAGGCACAUGAUUUGACAAAUGUAAAUUUGUUUAUAUACCAAAAUCCAAACAAGUCACUUUUAGCCAAGCUAACUGAAAAGCUCACUGUUUUACAUAUGGAGAGGGCAAGAGGUGAGUGAAAAUAAGGGAAAUAAUCUCAAUGAAAAGUUUGGAUGACUUUCUAAAAUGAUAGAUUCUGUAGACUUUUUUUAAAAUUAUGCCAUGAAUUUUACUUUAAUUAGUUACUGAAAACUAGUAGAAGUGAUACUUUGACACCUAACUACAGACAAUUUCCCAUAAAUAAUACUAUUUUGGUGUAAUCCACAAUGAAAUUUAAUUUAUGAGUUUCACAACUGCGCCGCUUUCAGCUAAAUGUAAAUUUAUAUUUGAUGUCAGAAGAGUUAAGAAUGCCAAGAGUUUUACUUACAACAGUGAAAAGUAAAUAAAAUAUUUUCCAUUAAUUCCAACCUUACAAUCAUGCAGUGCAGAUGCAGAUUUGUUGAUUGUACAUUAACUAUUGUGAAACAUCCAGCAGAAAUAAUUAACUGGAAUUCGGAUAUUAUCAUUGGUACAAGAGCAAUGAUCAAGUUGGACUUGUAGAAAUGAUUUUCUUCAAUUUACUUGCAUCCAAUUUUAGUUCUAUCACCCAAUUUUUGUAUAUAACUGCUUAACCAUGUUCAUCACUGUUACACUGUGCUAGCAUUGACUGUAUGUAGUUUAUGUUCUGCAUUGUUCGAACAAUCUGAUUUUCAACUUAUGUUUGAGAGUUAGA